AUGUCUGAAACUGGAAUCCCUAUCUCCACUACACCAACAAAUAUUCCAAAACCAUCCGUCGACCAGUCUAACCAUGCUCUACUAGAAGAAUUGUAUCGAAAAAUGCAUCAGGCGAAGCUGGAGGCGGAGGCUGCUAAGAAAGAAGCAGAUGAUGCCAGGAAGCAGUUGACAGAGAUGAGGAAAGAGAGGAUAGAGGCAGAAUCCAAAGCUGCUACUCUCAACAGACGAGUCCAAAAGGCAGAGAGCCGGCGGUCCAAUGCAAACUCUAAGCUGCUCAGAAAGCACCUUUAA